AUGGUAUCCAGCACUUCACUACGUUCGCCUCAGAAGACCUGUGGCCUAUUUGACAUUGGCUUCGCUGGUGGCGACGCUGACGUCACCAGCCUGGAUUUGAAUGCUCCAACUGACAAUCUAUUUUCACUGAAUUAUCUCAAUUCUGCAAGCUUUGCCACCUCAGACACACCUGCUGGAGGUGAGGCUUGUGCAGAUGGAAAGCUAGAGAGUUUCCAGCAGUUCACCAUGGACACUUUUGACAUGUUGGAUCCUCUAGCAGACCUUGAGACAGACCAGCUCAUGGAUGACAGUCUGGAGGCAUUCAUUAAUCUGGAUCAGUUUCUCUUGGGGGACACAUUCUUAGAUGAUAUCACAGAUGUGAAAUUUGCAGAUGUGCCCACAGUUGACAACAACAUGACUCUCCCAACAGUGGACACAGAAUUUUUCCUACCUCAAGAACCGAAUGCAUCAAAAUCUAGAAAAAGGAAAGCAGAAUCCGAAAUUGUGACAGCUAAACCAUUUAAAACCAGUAUGUUUGAAAUUCCAGUGUGUGAAAAGAUUGUGAGAGUAGAAGUCAACCCCCAGAUUGACCAUGAUUACACAGCCAAGCAUCGAAAAAUGUCUGUCACAUCAGAAAAUACCUCAGAAUGCCGCACUAACAGUGAUAACAUCAGCACAAAUAAGUCUGUUGUUGAGGCUAUAAGCAUGCAGGAAUCAUGCACAAGCUCAGAUAGCAUGUUCUCAGUAGCAGAUGACACUACUGCAGAUAAACACACCAUGAGAAGGAUCAAAAAUAACGUUGCUUCUAAAAAAUCACGAGAGCAGCGUAAACAAAAGUUGUCUGACCUUGACCAGGAGGCUGAAAUGUUAGUCCAGGCAAAUGAGCAGCUUCGACGGAAGAUCCUGGAGCUAGAAAAAGCAUCCAAAGAAAUGAAGGCUAUGUUAGUUUCCAAAAUGAUUGGCAAAUAA